AUGGUGGUACAUAGAAGACAUAUACCAAAUCACUCAAUUGAUCUGUCUGGCCUCUUGAAAAUGGAAGCCCCAACCGUCCCCGUUGACAAAGCCGCCGAACUCUCCGGCAUCACUACAUCCGGAAAAGUAACAGUCACACGAGUCCCCAACGACUCAAUCGACAAGACAUUCGCACGAACCACAAACCUCGCCUCAUCGGCUCUCAACGCGAGGAUUCUGUCAAAAUCAAACGAUUAUUUCGCCGCGGCCGAGAAUCUGCUUACCCCUACACCACCGAUACACAAACCCGGCGUCUUUGUGCAUACCGGCGCAUGGUACGAUGGGUGGGAGACGCGCCGCCACAACCCCGAACCAUAUGAUUGGGUCGUUAUAAAACUGGGCGUAUCAAGCGGAGCUAUUGAAGGUGUCGAGGUUGACACGGCUUAUUUCGUGGGUAAUUACGGCGAAAAGGCCGAGUUGCAGGGUACUUAUGCCCCUGCGGGAAGUGCAGAUAGCGACGAACAAAUCGCUAGUCCAGAUUAUAAGGGAUGGAAAACGAUAUUACCGGUUGUAGAGUGUGGGCCGAGUCAGCGACGAGCGUGGAGGAUUGAUUCGUACGAUGCUAAGAACCCAACACCAUAUACACAUGUACGUCUAUUGAUGUAUCCGGAUGGCGGGUUUGCGCGUUUGAGACUUUAUGGACAUGCUAUUCCUCCUCCUGUUGCUGCAGCAUCCAGUACGGAAGAAGAGCUUUCAUCUGCUCUGGUGGGUGGUCUUGCCCUCUCCGCGUCCGAUCAACAUUACACCCCAGCAUCAAACACCAUCCUUCCAGGUCGCGGGAAGGAUAUGGGCGACGGCUGGGAAACGGCUCGCUCACGCACACCGGGCCAUGUCGACUGGGCCAUCUUCCGACUCGGCCUACCAGGCACAGUGCACAAGAUCGUAGUCGACACGAAAGAUUUCCGCGGCAAUUUCCCGCGCGAAGUUCGUGUUCACGGUCUCGUCAAGGACGACGCAACCAAAGAUGAAGAUGUCACUAAUGAGCAUCCUGGUUGGAUUGAGUUGUUGAAUGGUGACAAGAAGACCCAGGCUGAUACGGAGCAUGUGUUUGAAGGAGCGGAAUUGGCGGUUGGUAAGGGUGAUGAGAGGGUUUUCUCUCAUGUCAAGUUGACUUUGGUACCGGAUGGAGGUGUGAAGAGGUUUAGGGUGUUUGGGCAGAGGCGUUGA